UUUUGUCAUUUUGUAGUCAGCAUUGAACAGACUUUGGAGAGGAAAUGUUCCUUUUGGGGUUGUUUACUAAAAAGAUAUUGAUUGUGAUGAAUCUGUUUUGUGCUGUUGCGUUGACUUCUGCUUGUUUUGCACAAAGUGCAGCUAAAACGUAAAGCACAUAUAAACAAACAGUAUAACUCCCAGUUUAAUAUGUAACAAAAUUAUUACUUUGUGUUCUUGUGAACCAGAUGGAGGAUCAUGGUGAACUCAACACAGGUUUCAUUUUUCACACUUAGUGCCUACUUUGACACCGGGCUGUUUAAAUACUUAUAUUUCAUGAUUAUUUUGUCUCUAUAUAUUUUAAUCAUUUGUUCCAACCUUCUGCUCAUCGUGGUUAUCUGUAUGAACAGGAGCUUACAUGAACCUAUGUACAUGUUCCUGUGCAGUCUGUUUGUAAAUGAACUGUAUGGUAGUUCAGGGUUGUUUCCGUUCCUUCUGACUCAGAUUCUUUCUGACAUUCACACUGUUUCUGCUUUAUUUUGCUUCCUGCAGAUUUUCUGUGUGUACACUUAUGGCAACAUAGAGUAUUUGACUUUAACCGUCAUGUCUUAUGACAGAUAUCUUGCCAUCUGUUAUCCUCUACAAUAUAACACUCGUAUGUCAUGCAACAAAGUUGCCAUCCUUAUUGCUUUAACAUGGUUGCUCAUAUUUCUUUUGCAUUUUUUUACAAUGCCUUUAAUUAUUCCUUCACAACUGUGUGGGGACAUUAUUAAAAAAGUCUACUGUGACUAUCACUCUGUUGUGAAACUGGCCUGCUAUGACACCACAGUCAGUAACAUCUAUGGACUCACUGCUAGUGCCAUCUCUGUCUUUGGUCCUCUAAGUUUAAUUCUCUACACGUACAUGAGGAUCCUUAAAGUGUGUUUCUCUGGUUCUAAACAGACGAGACAGAAAGCCGUCAGUACCUGCACACCUCACCUCGCUUCUCUGCUCAACUUCUCUUUUGGGGCUUGUUUUGAAAUAUUACAGAGCAGGUUUAAUAUGAACAGUGUUCCUAAUAUGUUGAGAAUAUUUUUAUCUUUAUACUUUCUUACAUGUCCUCCACUCUUCAACCCUGUAAUGUAUGGGCUCAAACUGUCUAAAAUCUUUGUCAUAUGUAAAAGUCUCAUUACAAAUGUAGGCUGUUAG